GUUAAAAUCCAGUCUAGCAUAGGCGUGACACCGGAAACCGGUAGGCAACACACGCCUUUGGGUAAUUUCGAAGAAGCAAGAUGGUUUUUUCCGUCAAAUUGACGGAACUAUUAAAAACAAGGUCCACCUAUCGAGCCGGCACCACCACUCAUCACGCCGGUGACGGAAUUUAUGUACUCCAUCCAAUCGCAUUCUGCCACCUCAUCUCUCCCUCUUCCUUCUCUUCCACGUGUCCGCGCUCUUCUCUAUCCCUUGGCCGACGCCGUCAAUGCCCCCAUUUUUUUUCCCGUCAACGGAUACAAAACAAAACAAAUCCAAUAGUAAUAUCUGAAAAGGAGCAAAAGUCAGUCAAUUAUAUUCGCCGAUCAAUCGAAACCCUAACCGCUCUCUACCCACUCUCUCUUUUUCGUUGUAUAUCAUCCUAUCUCUCAGAUCGGCGAUACCCCCCCUGCGCAUGCCGGCGCUCGCCAGCACCAACAAGUAAUUCGAACCAGCACACCGCGUGUAAGUCCUCCUCUCUCUCAGACUAUUCCUUCCGUCCUCACGUCGGGGAUGCGUAUUUGUACGCACGAUAGCGCGUCUGCGUGAGCGAGCCGAGUGUUUGAUUUGGAGAUCGGAGAGAGGAUCAAUUGCCAGAUCGGCGCUGUUUAGCACCGAGCGAUGGACGAAGACGACGAGAUCCAGUCUCACCAUUCGCCGGAGACGGGAUCUCCGGUGUCUCCACCGCCGAACGGAAGAAUAACGGUGACGGUGGCCACAGCGCCACCGGCGGCAGCGCAGAACGCUCUAGCGAUGCUAGCUCUCCCAGUUCAGCGAGCGAGAAGCGGCGGAGGAGGAAGCGGAGGCGGAGGCGGAGGAGGAGGAGGCGGAAGAGAGGACUGCUGGAGCGAAGAUGCGACGUCGGUGCUGAUAGACGCGUGGGGAGAACGGUAUUUACAGCUGAGCAGAGGGAAUUUGAAGCAGAAGCACUGGAAAGAGGUGGCGGAUAUUGUGAGCAGCAGAGAGGACUACGGGAAGACCCCGAAGACCGAUAUACAGUGCAAGAAUCGGAUCGACACGGUGAAGAAGAAGUACAAGCUGGAGAAGGCGAAGGUGUCGUCCGGUGGCGGGCCUAGUAAAUGGACUUUCUUCGAGAGAUUGGAGCAAUUGAUCGGUCCAACUGCCAAAAUCGCUGUCUCUAGUCCUUCUCCGCCUUUGCAGCAGUCUAAAGUCCCUAUGGGAAUACCCGUCCGCAUUCGUUCGUCCUCCGUGAAUCUCCUUAGCAAUAAUAGUAAUAACAGUCAAUUCCAUAACAAGCAGCCGCAGAAGAAGCAGGAAGAGGCAGUGAUAUUGAGGACGCAACAGCUUGGGAAGCGGGGCAGGACGGAGUUGGAGUCGGAAUCGGAAGCGGAUUCUAUGGAUAGCUUUGGGCUGGCAGGGGCGGGGACUGGGACGGCGACGAAGGAGAGGAAGAGGCCGCGGAGGAUGAUGGUGAUGGCGGGGAGAGAGAGGAGGGGAGGAGGGAAGGGCGGGUGGGGGAAUGCAGUGAGGGAGUUGACGCAGGCGAUAGUGAGGUUCGGGGAGGCGUACGAGCAGGCAGAGAGCGCGAAGCUGCAACAGGUGGUGGAGAUGGAGAAGCAGAGAAUGAAGUUUGCCAAGGAGCUGGAGCUGCAGAGGAUGCAGUUCUUCAUGAAGACCCAGUUGGAGAUUUCGCAAUUGAAGAAGCACGGCGGGAGGCGGGGUGGUGGCGGCGGUGCUGGGAAUGCUAGUAAUCAUCUGAUUCAUAGCAAUAACAAUACCAAUAACAAUAAUAGUGAUAGCAGCAACUAGGCUUAGAUUUUAUGUGUGGUAAUGUGAAUGAAUGGCUGAAGAAGACCCAUUGAUUAGAAUCGGUAGUAGAAUAAUAGAAUUUGGUAGUCUCUCUGUGUGUGUAUGUUUGCUCUCUCUUAUUUAUCACCUUUGUCAAAUUGGUGGAAGAGACUGACUUGAUGCUCAAUUACAGUAGAUUGUGACACCAAUAUCAAUCUCUUUGUUCA